UUAUUAUCACGAAAAAUUCGUCACAGCUCUGAGAGUCCGACUGUCCGAGACUCCGACCGAAAGGGGGAGGGCAGAAGAAGAAGAAGAGGGUUUUCCCGUGUUUUUUCCUCGGCAACUCUAAACCAUUUAGCAGCAAUGGUGUGUGAGAAGUGUGAGAAGAAGCUGACUAAGGUGAUUGUCCCGGACAAGUGGAAAGAAGGGGCUAGCAACACCAACGAAAGUGGUGGUCGUAAGAUUAACGAGAACAAGCUCCUUUCCAAGAAGAACAGAUGGACUCCUUAUGGAACAACCAAAUGUAUCAUUUGCAAGCAACAAGUCCACCAAGAUGCCAAGUACUGCCAUACCUGUGCUUAUACCAAAGGAGUAUGUGCUAUGUGUGGUAAGCAAGUACUUGAUACCAAGUAUUACAAGCAAAGCAAUGUCUAACUGCCAAGGUGCUCCUUUUCUAUUCAAUGGGCUCUUGGAUUGUAAAUUGGCAUAAACCAUACCUUUCUUUAACAAAGAUGUUAUGACUAUUAGCUGAUGUAAAAGAAGUUCAGUGAGACUGAUAGUUCGAAUAUUUCUCGUGCA